AUGCUUUCCGCGCUCGGGGAGCUGGUGCAGUUGCUGGGCUUCGCUCCCUUCGAGGUCUUCGUGCACCUGAUGGCCCUGUCGGUGUUCGUGCUGCUGGCCCUGCGUGUGGACGGCCUGGCUCCGGGCCUCUCCUGGUGGAACGUGUUCGUGCCCUUCUUCGCCGCUGACCGGCUCAGCACCAACUUCACUACUGUCGUCUCCGUGCACCUCUUCCAGGUCGGAGAGAAGCGGCUGGCCGUGCUCCACCUUUUCUGGGUCCUCACGGUUCUUAGCCUGAAGUUCGUCUUCGAGAUGUUGUUGUGCCAGAAGCUGGUGGAGCAGACUCGGGAGCUCUGGUUCGGCCUGAUCACGUCUCCGGUCUUCAUUCUCCUGCAGCUUCUCAUGAUCCCUGCCUGCCGGUCAACCAGGCUCGUAGAAGAAAAGCUAGAAUGCGGGGCCCCACGCUGA